AUGGCGUUUCCGACAGAUGAUUCUCCAGGCGCCAACAACAUGGAAACCAAAGCCCGGGAAUUUGGUGGCAGCAUCAAGCAGCAAGUGAGCCGACUGGGCCACGAAGCUGGCGUAUUUUCCGCCGUCGUCUACUACAACCCGAUUUCUGGACGGUUCGACGGGGCUGCCUUUGUUCCCGAAGGACAUGACGUCCCAGACGUGAACCGACUUUUGAGGGUGCUACUGAAUGGCACGGAACCUAUUGUCUUGCAACAUCCUGCCCGAAGCUCCUCGAGCGAGCCGCGGACCGGCACCCUUUUGCAAGACGGAAACGCUACGGCGACCAGCGAGGAUCAUAAUGUGGUGGAUGCCGCUGUCGCUCUUUGCUGCAUAGGCCAACCGAGCUCGGCAACAGAUAGUCCGCAGAAGAGACCCCCAGACGAUGCAAGGCUUCACACGACUCAUGGGAGCGGCAAAGGGGUAUGUCCUGACGUCGCCGUCGGCAGUCAAGACUGUUCAGACGGCCCUGUUCACGCUGGUUUGGUGUGUGGGCAAAAUGCCGCUAGUAAAGCCCGUCCGAUCAGCCACGCGAACCGUUUCGCCGAACAACAGAGCUUUUCGGCUGUUGGCGAUGCAGCCCGGGGCUCAGUCGCAAGCGUGGCAAGGCAGCAGAGCGAUGCGUCCUACAGAAAGCCCAUUCCCCUUGGGAUUGUCGAGCCAGACACCGAGCUAGGACAAACACCAGUCAGUAACGCAACCAACGCCAAGGCGGUUGUUACUUGUCAUGCCCAGCAAACAGCCGGGGCUAGGCGCUUGCGUCACUUCUUUCAACUAGCUUCCAAAAUUGCGCACGCCAGACAUCGUGGGUAUCCCAAAGGUAUGGCAAACACUCAGUCGGCGCCAGUGAACUCGGCUAUUCGACACGUUGACCAAACCGAAUCGGUCAAUGCUGGUUUGACUGAGGCGUCGCGGGGGUCCACCUUCGACCACGUGAAGCCCCUUUUCGCGGCUCAAGACCAACUUCGAAGGUCUGCCCCGUAUGGCAGACCAGGACCGUUGCGAACAUACGCCCAAAGAGCAGCGAACAUCAACGCGGACUGGCCCAUUCGACGUGCUCCCAGGGUGCAUCCCUUGCCGUCUCACCGCCUUCGUGGCACCUUUGGACCUGGCCGGCUUGGGCAGCGUGGUGGUGGACAUGGUCGGCCCGUGGGGCAGUACUUGUAG